UGGUAGUUUCUUAUGGUGCCAGCAGGAAAUGAGUCUGGGAGAGUAGGUCCUGACUGAGAGUUCCGUUCUGACCAGGUGACUUUGAGAUGUCUGAGUCAGGCCCUUAGAGCUGCUGAGUUGGGGGCUGGAGCUCACGAUGGGGUCAGGACCUUGGGAGCCAUUGGCUUACCCAGGGAUGGUAACAUGGUGGGCUUUAGAGGGGCGGAGGGAGACUGGCAGCAGGGCCGCCCUGACAUUGCUAAUAGUUGUGACAGGUCCAGGGUCGGCAGAGCUGUCCACUUCACGGUAGCCAGCAGCCCGGACACUCAGGGACACUGGUGGGAGGACUGGGAUUUGGGCAAACCUAGGUCAAGUGGAGAGAGUUCAGCAAAGGGGCAGGAGGUGUGGGAGGGCCCCGGGGAGGUAGGAAGAUGAGGCCAGGCAGAUGCAAACACUGAGCGCCUGUGUGGGUCAGGCCCGAGAAGAGGAAGGCUGGUGGAGUUUGGCCUCCACAAGGGGGUGAGGUUGGAAAAAAAAAAAAAACAGAACCAGCCAGCUGGUUCUAACUGAAGAAUGGACUUUGGGAUGCAUCUGCCUGGUCCCCUCAUUGCCCUCCCCCAGCUCCCCAGAGGACUGGGUCACCCUGGACCUUGCUACUUCCUGGUCCUGGAGGCCAAGGCUGGGACUAUGGAGCUGUGGCUGCAGCUGAAGCAGGCUGGACUGGAGCCUGCAGGACUGGGCCCACCCCCUCGGGUCCUGAGGGGGGACCCUCCAGAGGAGAGCCCUGGCCAGACCCUCACAACCCUGGAGGCGCAUCUUGGAGGUGCCAGGGAGAGCCUGCUGUGGAUCUGGCAGGAGUUGGGGAACCUGCGCAGACUGGAUGUCCAGCUGCUAGGCCAGCUGUGCAGCCUGGGGCUGGAGAUGGGGGCCCUUCAGGAGGAGCUGGUCAUCCUGGAAGAGGAGGAGGCGGAGAGUGGCGACUUGGAAGAAGAGGACGAGGACGAAGAGCCCCAGGGAAUGUAGGACGAGGGACACAGGGGGGCCUCCAGCCCAGCCUGGCGCCUGCCUGACUUUGAGAUGACGAUCUGAGGUGAUGCUCAUGCACACGAGAUGCAGAUUUAUGCAAACGAGGGGAGAUUUGCAGGUCCAUUCAGAUUUGGAAUCAACACGCUCCUUGGCAAGCACUUUCUCUGAGACUGUGUGUCCAGAUGCUGGCCCCUUGCUGUGGCACAGUUGUUUGCAGGUGCUGGGGAGCCUCUACUGUGCGGGAGACCCCGGUCGAUCUCUGCACCUUCGGUUGAAGACCCGCACUUGAAGACCCACACUGUCCGUAGCCCAGUGUGGCCAGGGAGCACUUGAAACAUUGGCGAGUCCAGAUUGAGAUGUGAUGUGACUGAAAUACACAGCAGAUUUCCAAGGCCAGGAUGGUAAGGGAGGCUAAACCCCUCAAUAAUUUAAAAGAAUUGAUUACAUGUUGAAAUGACGUUUUCAGUUUAUCAGUAUAAAAUACUACUGAAAUUA